CUGUCACACUUUUGCGUGCUUUAUGCUAUUAAUACCGAAAAAAUUGUUCGAUUCUCUAACAAAAGUUAAUAUUUAAAUAUAAACAAAAAUGUCUGAUGGCGAUUUAGAUGACCUACGCGCCGAGCGCAUGUCCCAGAUGCAGUCGCAAUUCGGCGGCGGCGGUGGCAACGAUGCCGAAAAACAACAGGCCCAGCAGGAGCAGAUGCGUGCCCAGGAGGAGAUGAAGCACUCGAUCCUCUCCCAGGUGCUCGACCAGCAGGCACGUGCCCGCCUCAACACACUGAAAGUGAGCAAGCCAGAAAAGGCCCAGAUGUUCGAGAACAUGGUCAUCCGCAUGGCCCAGAUGGGGCAGGUGCGCGGCAAACUGGACGACGCUCAGUUCGUGAGCAUCCUGGAGAGCGUCAAUGCCCAGAUGCCGCAGAGGAAGUCCACAGUGAAGUACGACCGCCGCCGGGCGGCCAUAGACAGCGACGAUGAUGAGGAUUACGACUGCUGAUUGACCGCAGUUGCGGAUCCAGAUUCACAUGCAGAUGCUCCUCCUCGUAGGCCUAAGUCUCUUUCUCUUUGCUAAAUACUUUUAUUUCUUAAUAACUUAAAACGAAAACAAGAUGCACACGGAA